GUCAAACUCAAGUUAAACUGUGGUAUCAAAUCAAGUGUCUCCAUAACGUCAAAUAUGAUGCAAAUAUGUGUCAAAUCCAUGUCAAAAUUGUCAAAUUAACCUUAAAAUUUUUAGUUUCAACUGGUUUCAAAUACUAAGACUAAAGUUCAAAUACUUAAGUUGAACAUUAAAUCCUUGUCUAUAUAUAAUAAUCAAGGAUUAAAUUAAAAUAUUUUGAUAUUCCCUGCAUAAUCCGCAUUAUUUCUUAAUUAAAAUUACUACUUAAAAGUGUUACUUUUUGAUAUAAAAAAAGAAAAAUGCAAAAAUCGGGUGUCAGGAUAGUACACCGGACCCUAUCUCGCCAAAAAACAGAACAGAAAAUAGUUGAUAUUAAGGAUUUUUCUAAUGUUCCCAUUAUCAGAAAAGCUGACAACUCAACACAAUUACCUGAAUAUACAUCAAUUUUAUCCAGAAAUGGAGAAACAGCAGUCGAAGAAGAAGUCGGAAUGAUAAUCAAAAAUGAUUUAUAUCCUCUGCAAAAAGAUUUAGAAAAACUAUUGUGCACAAAUGCUUUGCGUACUAGGUUCUUCUUAGGAGAAUAUACUCAAAAUGAACAUAGGGAAUCACAUCAUGAUAAGAAGGACCAUGAUCAGACAUCACUAAAAAGAAAACAUCCAGAUGAAAAAGCAAAAUUUUACAAUGAAAAUAUAUGUGAAGAAAUACCAAAUAUUGUUGAACUAAAAAAUGAAGAAUGGGAUAAAUUUUUGGCGUACAUUGAACCUUAUUGUGCUUCCAUUAAUAAAGAUAAUGCAGAAUAUUUAGACAUGCUUAUACAAGAAUUUUCAAAUGAAAAUGACAUGAAAAUACCGGAUCAGGAAGAGUAUUAUGAUAAUGCUUGGUCAAAAGAAUUAUUUAAUGAUAAACAAGAGAUCGGAAAACAGUCCACAGAAAAAUCUGCAAAUAUUGAUUUUGAAAAAAAUGGUGUCCGUGGGGUUGUUAAAUUAAAACAUUGCACUGGUGAAAAAAUUGACACCUCUCUACAUAAAAAAAUAUUACAGGAGUUUCUUGAACAAGGAAUUUUAACUCAAGAAGAUAUAAAUAGAAAUUUAUCGUUACCUGAAAUUAAAACAUGCCAAGAAGAACUCAGGACAGUAAAUAAAUACAAUCUAGAAGUACUGAUUAAACUUAAGGUUGCUGUUGUGAAUGCACUAUCAACUCAAUCGCGACAAAAUUAAGAAAGAAUUGUUUACUGAUAUAUUGGAGAUAUAUUGGUUUGGAUAGAUAUAUUGGAGCAAAAAAACAGGAGUAGACGCAAAAGUUUGUGAAAAGCUAUUUUCUGAAACUACAAUAAAUGAAUUUGGUAGUAUUUCUUAAUUUAUACACUGAGGACAUGCAGGCUUACUUAAAUACAGUUACAUAAAUUUAGUUGCAGAGAUACUAUGACUGUAUAUUUAUCAAAAUCAAAUCAUCAGGACUUGAAAUUUACACAAUUUGAUUUUCUUAAAGCUUUGAUCCAUAGACUAUUUAAGAUGCAAUCAAUUCAGUUGAAGCCUUUAAAAAAUAAGAAAUUCAAUUUUAUAAGUUUCAAGUUAGAAUGACAAAACCUUUUGGUGCUUUAAUUUUUUAAUCUUAUUUUUAUAGUCGCCUCUUUACUUUUUAUUGUAUUUAUAUUUAUUGUAUAUGUAUUUCAAUUUUGUAUGUAGAUUAUGCGUAGUUAUGCAUUUGAAAUAUUAUAUUAAUAAUAAUUAUUAAAUGAAUUAUGUACUUAUAUAAGUGAUAAUUCUUAUCUGUUUAAAAUUGCAGUUAAUAUUCCAUAAGAAAACUUUAUUAAUUCUUAAUUGGAAAUAGGUGUCUCAUAGCCGUAAACUUUUUAUUUUAUAUUAAUUUUGUCAUAUAUAAAUGUAUAUUUUUGCACCUGUAUAAG